CUUCUGCCAUGACACCCGAUUUAGGAAUUAACUACAUAGGCAGCGAGAGGACAGAAAGCAGUGGGACAAAUCACUUAGGCGACACAAGCCAUAAGUGAUUCAUAGAGUUACAUAGGGACUACAUAGUGACUAUAUUGGAAGCCACAAGGGUACAUAGUGAUACAUAAGUACUACAUAGGGAGACAUGGGUACUGUCAGCAUGUUGGUGGUGUGUGUUGCUGUGAUCUUCAGUCUGGUCUCAGUGAGUCAGACGGCUCCUUCUUCUAAAGCCUGUGAGUCUUUCCUGAAACCCCUAGAAAUGAAGAACAUAGACCAGAUGAUGGGGAACUGGUCCUUGGUGGCCUUGAGUAACGACCGACCAGGUGCCAGGACAUGGAAUGAACUCUUCACCGAAAACAUCUGGUGGCACUUUUCCCCAGGGAGUUCCAGCAACAUUCUGAAUGUCACAAUAUACACGAAAAUAGUGGAAGAAUGUUACAGUAAAAAUGUCAACCCUUCUUUUGAAAACAACACGUUCAACUUGCCAUACAUUUCCCCUUCCACCGCGGUCCUGCUGCCCACCUGCCACGACUGUAUGGUGACCCUGGUUAAAACCACCACCAAUGGAAACGUCUACACUACCCUGAAACUACUCAGUAAGAGACGGGUGCUCACCGAUGCUGAACUGCUUCAUUUUGAUACACAAAUUGAAUGUCUCAAACUGCCACCUCGAUACACGGUCAGCACUGAAGAAGAGCUCUGUCCAGACACCUCUAAACCAUUUCCAGACAUGGAUGACUUGCAGAAGUCUGUAAUGGAAUUCAUGGAGAUAGAUGCAGUCAAGAAUAUAUUGAGAAAAACAGACCAUUUCUUUGAGAAGAACAGCGCAGCUGUGAUAAACUUUAUUGAACGUUUAGGUGAAUUACUUGAUAAACUGUCAGACUGGAUCAUUUCUUUCCUGUAGGUUUCAAACCAACCCUAAAAUUACUUACCUGAUUCAGCUAGCCAAUGUCUUUAUGACCUGCCAGUGUGUACAAUCAGGUGUGUUCAAUUGCAUGUCAUCUUUAAGAACCAUUUUAUCUUUGAAUCUGGCCACAAACGAUUCUACUAAUAUAAAAUUAAAGGCAUUAUACCAACCCAGUCUCUUCUG